UGAUAUCAAUCGUAAAUGGUGCUCAAAUUGAUCAUUUUUAUUUUUCUGGCAGUCCUGGCAUUCGUCAAUGCUGACCCAGCUCCACCUACACCGCCCCCCAUAAAUGAUCUGAUCGUUCAGUACGCGCAAAGGCUUCAGCAACAGUUGAACGACAUAGUGAACAUGUCGUCCGCCCCCGCACAGGUAAAGGAAGCGAUUCGGCAGAAGUAUUCCGGCCAACUGACGGAUUGUCAGACAGCUGCCCAAGAAACGGACAUUAUGGGCUUUGUCCGUUGUACAACCCGUGUCAUCGAAGAGGCUAACGUUGCUCUUUGGAGCUAUUGAUUGUUUUUUAAGGUUUGAAAAUAUACGACGAAUAAAUAAAGACCA